GAGUCAGGUGAUCAUCGACAGCGCUGGCAUACACAAUGGCAUUUACAGAGUGGGACAACCGUGUUCACCACUUCUCUGGACUCACCAUCCGUAUUUAAACAUUUGGUUAGCCUAAUUUACAUUUUUAUUUGAUUUAUUUUUAACUAAGUGGUUUUAAAAUACAGAGGAGGAAGACCCUCGUUCAGGCGGUGGGAGGGGCGACACAAGCCAUACCGCAGUCAGUCAGUGACAGUCGGUCGUUUGGUGCUGAAGCUGACCGGAGCAUCGUCUCUUCACCAUAGAAAUCCCUGUGUUUCAGGCUCGGUACUUAGAUGCCCCCUUUCUCCACGAUCCGCCUCGCCUUCGGCUGAUGGAAACAGACAUUCGUGAAAAUGUGCGCGAAUGUGUUCGGAGUCUUGAAAAGCCUCUUUGGCAAGCCCUUUGAUGGUGGGAAGAGGAUGGACCAUGGUGGCCCACAGGAUCAGCGGCAACAUCCAAUGGAGCAGCAGCAGGCGUACCAUUCACAGCACCCUGCCAUGAUGCGGCUGUACGAGGUCCACAAGGAGGUGUCCUCUCUGGGGCCUCAGGUGUGCACCUUCAGUGGCCUGCAGAACGACCGGGAAUACAAGCGUCUGGAGCGCGAGCUGACCCAGCUGCAGCUGGUGGUGGACCAGGUGGACACGGAGGGCAAACCUGAGCUGCAAGGGGCGCGCAAGAGAGCCGCGCAGGACGUGGAGGGCCUCCUGCGCUACCUGGAGGAGAACGCCUCCCAUCCGUCCCGCCAGGCCAUCGAGAAGCUGAGCAACGAGGCGCGACAGCUGGUGGACGAGCGUGUGGUGGCCCCGCAGCGAUCCGGCGGGGUGGCGGAGAUCAACGAUGAGCUGGUGGAUGCUCUACAAGAGCUCGUGUUGAAGCUCACCCAGAUCAAGACUGAAGGAAGGGUGCCGCUCCGCAAAGCGCGCUACCGGGCGCUAACACGCUUGUGCGCCGUACAGGAUGUGCUGGAAGGACGCACGCAGCAGCAGACCCUCUCCUUACCGCUGUCGGGGGACACCCAUGAGGCGGUGCACUGCAUCAACCAGGUGAUGAUGAAGGUGAGCGUGGCUCGCAGUCAGCUCGUAGCUCUGCUUAUGGGCCUGAGCGGGAGGGACAGCUGCGCCCACCUGUCACGAAUCCUGACGGAGAUGCAGGUAGAGCUGGAUGCUCUGGACGUCUCUGGGAAUGCAGUGAUCAGAAACUACAGGAAACAGGUCGUGGAGGAGAUAAAUGGGCUCCUGAAACACCUGGACCUGGAGGGAGAGGGAGACGACACGCGCAGGUACGAUUUGGCGCAGAAUAAUUCCAUCCGUGAGAUUGAGGCCAUCCGAGCUCACGUCUCCCACCUGCGAGAGGGCGUCCUGCGACACUGCGCCAUGGGCGACCUCGGCUUCAGACCCAAAGCCGAACUUCAGAGUCUCCUAACGCACCUGGACCAGGUGGACACGGCCAAGAACCCGUGCAUCAGAGAGGCCCGCCGCCGCGCCGUGGUGGAGGUCCAGGCCGUCAUCACCUUCCUGGACCUACGUGAGGCCUUAGCCCACCGCCACCUGGGCCCUGACGAGUACCCGCCGCAUCGGGCCGUGUGGAUGGUCUUGGGGAGCCUUUCUGACCUCCAGGCCCAGGUGUUGGGCUUUGACGGCAAGCGGGCCGACAAGAGCUACAUGAUCCUGGAGGAGCUGCUGACCAAACAGCUGCUGGCGCUGGACGCCGUGGACCCACAAGGCGACGAGGGAACCAAGGUGGCACGGAAGCAGGCGGUGAAGUUCGCCCAGAACAUUCUCAGCUACCUGGACAUGAAGACAGACGAGUGGGAGUAUUGAUUGAUGGACGGGACGCCGCUGCAGGAAAGGAGGAGCUGAUAAUGUGUGUAAAUAAAACACUGGUACAUUAUCAUUCCAUGGGCUGUAAAUACUGACUUAAAUCCCCAGAAUGCACUGCAGCAGCGCUUUUCUUUGGUCUCUUUGUGGUAGUCAUGGCCAACACAGAAAUCCUUUUGUGAAACACAUUUUGACAGUUUUAUUUGUGUGUGUGCUUUCUGGAGAUUUCUUUUGACAUCUCCUGAGUGUGUGUGAGUCGUCAUCUGUUGUCGUGGUGGUUGGUGUGUGGUUGUAGGAGCUUCUGCUGAGGCGCUAUGGGACGCUCGUCUCAUCCCCAGACUGCGCUGAUGCUGAAAAAUCUCAAAGUGUGGCUGACUAAGUGUCCUCUCAGAUUCAUUUGAUUGUCAGACGCUAACAGAGACGGAUGAUUCCUGCGUUGAACAGGUUCAGCCCAGAUUGGGAUACAUGGGGAUUUUGAAAGAGAAAAGAAAAAAAAUUAACACAAAAUGUUCGUAAAAGGUGAAACAUGAGAGAGUCAAGCAAGUUAGUUUGAGCUCAAAUCUCCCAAAACAACCUCCCCAAAAA